CGACCAAGGACCACAAAACAGAAGAGACUACAUUUGAUUAAUAACAUUUCAUCCUCGAGUACUUAUUUUUCUGCUUUCCCUGGAGGGAUACAAAAAGAUAAUCGGAGCUUAUCAUUUUUGUUUUUAUUCGUGGAAUAUUUACAUGAAUUUUUAAGCCCGCUGAAGUGCACUUUUAGUGGCUUGGCAGGGACCGUUCCCAGGAUGAUGCGUCCAACUCUCUCUCAAAACUAUCCCCGCAGUGGCUUCCCAAUGGAGGUGUCAACUCCGAUGGGUCAGGGUCGAGUCAACCAGCUUGGAGGAGUUUUCAUCAACGGCCGGCCUCUACCGAAUCACAUUCGACAUAAGAUAGUGGAGAUGGCCCAUCACGGGAUCCGGCCCUGCAUGAUAUCCCGCCAGCUCAGAGUCUCUCAUGGCUGCGUCUCCAAAAUCCUGUGCCGCUAUCAGGAGACUGGAUCCAUCCGGCCUGGAGCCAUCGGCGGCACUAAAUCCAAGACUACAUCUCCAGAUGUGGAGAAGCGCGUUGAGGAAUAUAAACGGGAAAAUCCCGGAAUAUUCAGUUGGGAAAUUCAGGAUAAAUUGCUCAAAGAGGGAAUUUGUGACCGGAACAACGUACCCUCAGUGAGUGCGAUAAGCCGCAUCAUGAGAGGCAGAUAUGGCGCAAGAGGUGACGAGGAGGAGGAGGAGGAGGAGGAGGAUGAAGAGGACAAGCGCGAGCAGGAAGAACACGCCCGCAGGAGCGGACACAGCAUCGAGGGGAUUCUCGCAGACAGAUAUGCUGAGGCAAAAUGGAGAGAGAGAGAAAAAAACAGACAAGGAAUUACUGUAGCCAAACUCACAGAGGCACGAGUGCAGGUGUGGUUCAGUAACAGACGAGCUCGUUGGAGGAAGCAAGCGGGAGCCAAUCAGCUCAUGCCGUUCAAUCACCUGAUCCCUGGUGGUUUUUCACAUGUGGCUGUGUCCAGUCUCUCCCCGUAUCAGCUGUCAGAGAGCCCGUACCCACCCGCUGGCCUUUCUCAAGAUUCGAGUACUGUACGCAGACCUCAGCCGCUCCCGCUGCCUGCAGGCCAUCAGAGUGCUGGAGGGGCGGGGCAGGAGGGCGGGGCUUCCUACUGUCUCUCCAGUCGCCAUGGUUACGCAGGAUAUUCAGAUACAUUUGGACCUCAUAACAGUCACGCCAACUCUGCCAUCAAUAAUGGACUGUCUUCUCAGAAGCUCACUAUGUUUCUGAGUGGACUCCUGCUGCUCUUUCUGCUUCCUGACUGGACAGAAAGCGUUGAUGUUGAGACUGUGGACAUCAGUACUCUAGCCCGUAUUAUUGAUUUCUUCGAGCAAAACUAUAAGAGAGUCGAUGGAGAUAAACAUCCUCGUCAGUACGCUACAGCCAUCAACGUGCCAAAGCAUCAGUGUCAACAGAACUUCAAUCCUUCACAGAACAACUUCCUGACUCAAGAAGAAGCGGUGAACGUGAAAAAUGCUAUAACUGAUGACACAAAGGCACUUUACCAAGGUGCAGAACUCAUCGCUGCAGGAACUAAAAAGGUUGUAAUCAGUAAAAAGAAGCAAUACAACAUGCAUUCAGAGUCUCUCCUGCUGAAUCCUGCUGACAACUCACCCAUGACCAAACUUUUGAAUAAAAGAAAAGACAGCUGCUCUGUUUUCUACACAUUUGAAUCUCCCUGUGUUAACUCAUGUCUGAAUGUGACAAGAAACAACAACAUUUUAAAGGCCCUGGAGAACUGGAAAGAACACAGUGGAAUUAAAGCUUUUGUUUUCGAGAAAUAA